UGUUGUACUGUGCAUUAGUCAAACGUCGCCUUGAAAACAGGUCACUGGCUCUUCCAGCGCUGUGCUUUCCACUACAAGUUGACAACACAGAGAACGUCAAUUGGCAUCACGUGCACAAGUAAACAUGGAUUUUGGCCCAGUGGGAGUGCCCCCAGGGCUGGAAUACCUCGCCCAGGUUGACCAGAUCUUGAUACACCAGCAAGUGGAGCUCUUGGAGGCUAUCAUUGGUUUUGAGACCAAAAACAAGUAUGAGAUCAAGAACAGCAUGGGCCAGAAGAUCUUCAGUGCCAAGGAGGACACCAACUGCUGCAAUAGGAACUGCUGCGGGCCAGCCCGGCCCUUUGACAUGGAGAUCAAGGACCACAAUGACCAGGAAGUGAUUCAUUUGAUCAGGCCCCUGCGCUGCGCUAGCUGCUGCUGCCCCUGCUGUCUUCAAGAGAUGGAGAUCCAGUCACCGCCAGGAACCACCAUUGGCUAUGUGGUGCAGAACUGGCACCCGUUCUUACCCAAGCUAUCCAUCUUGGGCCCCUCAAAGGAACAGUUGAUGAGACUGGAGGGGCCUUGCUGUGCCAUAAGCUGCUGUGGAGAUGUUGACUUUGUGCUAAAAGGUAAAGAUGACCAACCCAUUGGCAAGAUUACCAAGCAGUGGAGUGGCGUAGUUAAAGAGAUGCUGACUGACACAGACAACUUUGGGAUCCAGUUCCCCAUAGACCUCGACGUGAGGGUGAAGGCUGUGCUGCUUGGGGCCUGCUUUCUCAUCGACUUUAUGUUUUUCGAAAAAACUGGAGACUCUGGACAGAGGUGCAGUGUGUUUGGGUGAAGCCACACAGACGUAACUCACACCUGACAAUCAAUGUGAACAUAAUGCACAAUAUAUACUGGAUAUAAGACUUAAAUCGUUAAAAGAAAAACUUUUUUGUUUGUUUCGGAAAAAGGACCAACAUGCCAUUUUGUAUCAUAAACCAUGUCGCUUGUGUCUUAUUGAUAACCGGCACUGUUAACUAAUUCAGUACACAUAGCAUGAUUUGUAAAUGAUUUACCUUUUUUCAAUUAUGGUUUGCUAACAUAUUUUUUAAUGAUUAUAAUGUUGAUGAAUAAUAGUAAUGUACUGUUAUUUCCGGUGAAAUACUAUAUCCGUGUUUGAUUCAAUCCAUAAAGAACACGUUUUAUUGUGUUUUUAUUGUGAACAUGUUUAUCAAAUUUGUUUCUUUGAAA